AAUCGUGGUAAAAAUCGUCACUUCCUGUAUAACUUCAAAUUUGUUGAAAAAUAUGGCAAGCACUAGUAAUUGGUCUGUGGUGGGCAAGCCGAAGAAAGGCAAGGGUCCGAAUAGUCCACUGUCAAAAUCUCAGAAGAAACAGUUUGUGGACAAUAUGCCCAGAAUCGCCCAGUCUGACCCUGUUCAAGAAUCAUCAACUAUCUAUGAUGCAUUUGUGCAAAAAGAGCAGCAGCGAUAUGAAAAGAGGCAACAAGAAAAGUUUGCAGACAAAAUUGAAGCAGGAAAAGAGCCCAAUGGGAAAGGCAUCUCAGAUGGUGUAGCCAAAAAGAAGACUCACAAACCCAAGAAAACUGAACAGGUUCCUAGGAAACAGCCUUUCGAAGAUGCAAUUAAACUGAUAACAGAGGAAGAUCUUCGCUCAGUUCUGCUGCAGUCCAAGGGUCACUUCCCUGAGAAGCCUGACCUGUGGUUAAAAGAUCUGGUCACCUACAUGAACAUGAAACUGGAGAACUGCAUCGAGACAGACAAGUAUCUGCAGAAGGACAAUACUGACUUCCCGGCCUCGUCGCUAAAGAAGAACUGCACGAAGGUAAUCACCCCUGUGCUAGCAGAGUGCACCCUGGCCACCCUGGACAAUGUGCUGUUCUUCUGUGUGAACACAAUGCUGGACGAGGCCCAGAACGGCGCGGCCACGUUUGGGUUCCGUAUCUUCAUUCAGCUCCUUGUACGCAGCAACCCUGAGGCCAUGCUGACCAGAAUCCAGCAGUAUCAUGAUCUUGUUCGGAGCACACAAAAUCGACCCGAGCGUUGUCUGAUGGUUCUGUGGUCACUGAGUCAAGCUGGCUUCACAAGUCUCAAGGCAGGACUCAGAGUAUGGCUGGAUGUGAUGUUCCCAUUACUGAGUACGAAGGCUCUUGGUGGCUUCUGUAUGCAGUAUUUGGAGAUCAUUCUUGGAUUACACAGCAAGCACCUGGGGAAGGGUGCUGGAGAGAUCAAGAUGAAGGAAUACUUCACCCUCCUGGAUAUGACCUAUGGGUCUGGGGCCCUGUCCGGGGACAUUCAGGCCAGGCUACAGGCACUGUACCCGCAGAUAGAGAUGCUGUCCCAGGGCUUGGACAAGAAAGCCUCCAAUCUCCGCAACUUCUUUCCUUUCUACCUUUUGCGGGCAACCACGGAGGGCUCUAAACUGAAGGAUGAGGUGUUGCGGUGUCUGGUUGACUGUCUGGCAGAGGACCAGCAGUGUUUUGUGCUGUGGUGCCAGGUGUAUAUGAAACACCUCAGGCAGUCAAGCAUUCUACUGGGUCACCUGUCUCAGAACUGGGAGUCGUUGAGGUCGCGUCUUGAUGGGAAAGUGAUGCAGCAGACGCUGAUGACAAUCCUGAGGACUAACGAGGAGUCAACACGCGGGAAGCACUCUGAGGAGGUCAUGGCCAUCACUUCACUGUGUGAGGAUUUCCUCAAGAAGCUCACAAAGCCACGGUUUCCAUGGCGUUGGGUGGUUUUCUUCCUGGUCUCCUUGGUUACUGGUGUUGUGGUGUAUGACAUGCUCAUGAGUCCCAAAAUAAAGGAUUCAAAGAUAGUUCAGUUCCUGGAGCUCUAUGGCAUUUUGGGUGUGGCACAGAACCUCUGGGAGGGGGUCAAUAACUUCUCCUGCACUGUCGGGUGUUGGUGCAGGAGGAACAUUCCUGUGUUCUUUGGUCAGGUGCAGGCCACACUGUCCCCUGUGCUGUUCCAGGUCUGGGAGGGUGUUCUCAGCCUUGAGGAAGCCACCAGGGAAAAUAGACAGGCUGCCAUUAGCACUGUAUACGCAUGGGCGCCAGACAUGUGGGACCAGUUGGGGGUAUACCUGCACAUGUGCUGGGACUUCAUACUGGAAUAUACAUACUGGAUUCAAGGGCACAUAGCAACGUUUUAUACCCUUGUCUACCAUUGGGUGGACACAAACAUUAUAAACGGUGACUUUUCGUCACAAAAUAUACGCCAAAAUUUGUUUUGGUCGGCGGCAAAGGUGCAGGAAAUUACAACCUCCACGUUUACAUGGUGCAAACAGUUGAUUGCUGGGUCAUCGUAGGUGCUUUGGGGCAUCUUUAAGUUUCCUUUGAACAACGUCCAGGACAAGUUUGAUGCCUUCAGUCCCAUAGUCACUCAGCGGUGCCAGUAUUAGUGUUGUUUAGAUACUCGUUAUGUGUAGAAACAAUGUUUGGGACUAUAAAAAUAUAUUAUUCAUGUAUGUAUACGGAUUUGAUUUUUGUAUGCCCCCGGAUCGAAAAAAUCGGGGGUAUAUUCUUUUUGGCCUGUCUGUCUAGCAUUCAUUCAUUGUGUGUGUCCCAAAACUUUAACCUUGGUUAAAGUUUUGCAAUAACUUUUGCAUUAUUGAAGAUACCAACUUGAUAUUCGGCAUGCAUGUGUAUCUCAUGGAGCUGCACAUUUUGAGUGGUGAAAGGUCAAGGUCAUCCUUCAAGGUCAAAGGUCAAAUAUAUGGCUUCAAAGUGGCGCAAUAGGGGGCAUUGUGUUUCUGCCAACACAUCUCUUGUUUGUUUUGUUAAAAAGACUAUUUGACAAUUUCGUUUUUCAGUGAAUUGUUAGGGGUUUUGAAAACAUUUUGUGUGAAAGAACACCCAUCAAUAAGUGUUUUCUCCCAAGUCCAUUGAAAACAUUAAUCUCCUGCAAAAACUAGUACCAUUCGAACUGGUUUGUUUGACCAAUGGCAUUACUAGUGGGGACAGUGAUUUUUUACCCCAUAUUACUUAAAGUUUACUUAAUACCAAGUGCAAAGUUGAAAUAUGUAUCUGCUGUAGAAUGGUAUUCUCUGAUUUCUCUUAAGAUUGUUGUCCCCUACCGGUGAAAUUGGUGGGGACUUACGGUUUGCGCUCUUUCCGUCAGCACACUUUUCUGGAUCCUGCGAUAACUUUAAAAGUUCUUCAUAUUUUGUAAUGAAACUUGAAACAUGGAUAGAUGGCAAUAUGGAGAUUAUGCACGCCAUUUAAUUUUGUUCCUACAUCAAGAAUUCUGGUUGCUAUGGCAACAAAUAUAUAAAAAAAAUAUUCUGACAAUGGUGGAGUUUCACCUGUAGGGGACAAAAUUGCUUGGCAAUCUCUUGUUUAAUGUGUACAUAAUAUAUCUGAAUGUAAUAUCAUGCCCAACUAACAUAGGUAUGAUCUUGUUUGAUUAUCUGUUGUGUCUAUGGGACAGGGCGGUAGACUUUCCACUGAUGAUGCUUAAAAGGUACAGGGGAAGUAAUUAUUUGCAGUUAUCAAUGGCAAAAUUUUGGACAUAAAUUUUUAUUGAAAGCAAAACAUCAAAAUGCUCCUAAGAACCUAGUUCUUUUUGCAGUAUAUGUAAAUAAUUUUAACAUUUUGAAAAAGAGUAUGUAUUUGAAUUCGCUUCUUUGCAGCAAUCUUUUCUGUUGGCAUUCUGGAUUGAGCCAGUUUAUAUAAGCUGUGUUCAGAAUGUUUUCUUUGAUUUGAAUAUUACAACUGUUUGAAAUGUUACAAUUGACGCAUAAUUCACAUCCCUUUGGUGCAAGAAUAGAUAAGAAAACUUACUAAAUCUCCCUCUUUGUCAUUUUAGUUAAGGUCCUCUAAAUUUAACAAAGAAGCAAAGUCUUUCCUUGAAAUAGACACAUAUUUAUUUACAAUAGCUACAGUUAAAGUCACAUUUUUUGUGCAUAAAUAUGAACAAUAAAGAGUUGAAAGCUCUUUCAUUUAGUAGUAUGCCCUAACACACAGAUGCAACAUCACGUGUACUUGUGCUGCACAUGUAAUUGAGCUGUGCUAUGUGAAAAGGGGAUUUAAUGUAUGUGCGUACUGCACUGUCCCUGAUAAGCCUGUGCAGUCUGUCCAGGCUAAUCAGGGACGAAACUUUCCCCCUAAACUGGAUUUUUGCUAAGGAGAGACUUUCUUGAAAAGAAAAACAUACAAGUAGAAAGUGUUGUCCCUGAUUAGCCUGUGUGGACUUGCCCGGGCUAAUGUGGGACGACACUUCACGCACAUGCAUUAAACCCCCUUUUCACUGAGCAUGGCCCAAAUAUAUUUUUGUUUAUGUCUCCUCCAACUUCUGUUUACUUAUACCCAAAAAAAAACGUACGUGAUUUUCAUGUUGUUUCCUUAAAAAUUUGUUUCAAAUUAAAACUUCAUGAGGCUAAAAAUGACAUCUUUCUGUAAUCAGAUAUGUCAGAGACGUAGAUAGCAUGUUAUCUACAUCUUUGGGAUAUGUACAUAGUGUCUUUUAAUUUUAUUUUCUGAAAUAUUGUUUACAGUUCAUUUUUAGUUCCUGUUCUGUUGCCAAAGUUAAUAUAUUGAAUAAUAUAAAAAUGAUGUAUGUAAUUUUUUUGACAUUUGUUAAAGAAUAUGUAUUCAAUGAUCAAUGCAAUUUUUGUAAAUGUGAUGAAUUUUGCCACAAUAAAAUCUCAGUCAGCGUU